AUGGAGAGAGACAUGGCGAUCAUGGGGGACAAACUGAUACUGAGAGGAUUGAAGUUUUACGGUUACCAUGGAGCCAUCCCUGAAGAGAAGACCCUGGGACAGAUGUUUAUGCUUGACAUUGAUGCAUUUAUGUCUCUCAAAAAGGCUGGUCUAUCAGACAACUUGGCAGAUUCUGUCAGCUAUGUCGACAUUUACAAUGUGGCGAGGGAAGUUGUAGAAGGGUCGUCAAGAAACCUUCUGGAGUCAGUAGCGGAGCUCAUAGCCUCCAAAAGUUUUGAAUCAUUCCCUAAGAUAACAGCUAUUCGUGUGAAGCUAUGGAAGCCAAAUGUUCCUCGUAUUAUGAGCGGUAUCGAUUACUUAGGUAUCGAGAUCCUCAGGAUUCGCCCGACUGAAUAA